UUCCGGACGGCGCGUGAGGACGAGCGCAGCAGUUUGACAGCGGCGGAGCGGCGAGACGGACUGCACGCAGACGCGAUGUUUAUAAAUGUGAUAUAAAUGCGGUCUGUUCGCGUUGACAGCUCCGCGAGCAGCAUACUGACGCUCCGGGACGCGAUGUUUGACGCGCGAUGACUUGUGCGAGUUAAGGCUGAUGUGUGAUAUGCGCUCUGUUCCUGUCCGCCAGUAUGGUAGACAUGGAAAGACACUACAAUCCCCCAUCACCGCUGGAUGACUCUGUGUUGGACAGCCCUUUGUGCAGAGACUUUAUCGGUGGUAUGGAAGAUCUUCAGGAUAUCUCUCAAGCCAUCGAUGAGGAUGCGCUCAGCACCAUCGAGAUGACAGAGAAUCAGUCAUCGGGUCUCGGAUCGGGUUCAGAGAGUUCCACUGCGUUAGACGCAUUGACGCCAGCCUCCAGCCCAUCAUCAGGUGUGUAUGGUGGUCCGGCAGGACAGGAUGAGUUCACCUCCGGUUCCUUGAAUCUGGAGUGUCGUGUGUGUUCUGAUCGGGCGUCAGGAUAUCACUAUGGAGUUCAUGCCUGUGAGGGGUGUAAGGGUUUCUUCAGACGGACCAUUCGCCUUAAACUGGAGUAUGACAAGUGUGAACGCCGCUGUAAGAUCCAAAAGAAGAAUCGAAACAAGUGCCAAUACUGUCGAUUUCAGAAGUGCCUGAUGGUGGGAAUGUCUCACAAUGCCAUUCGGUUUGGGCGAAUGCCGCAGUCGGAGAAGCUCAGACUGAAGGCGGAGAUCCUGACCGGUGAACGUGAGGUUGAAGACCCGCAGGUGGCUGACCAGAAAACUCUCGCCAAGCAGAUUCACGAGGCCUACCUGAAGAACUUCAGUAUGAACAAAUCCAAAUCACGUAGCAUCUUGACAGGAAAAGCAAGCACACCGCCGUUUGUCAUCCAUGACAUGGAGACUCUUCAGCUGGCCGAACAAACGUUUGUGGCAAAGAUGGUGGGAUCCUCCGGUGGGCUGUUAAAUAAAGACCCAGAGGUUCGAAUAUUUCACUGCUGUCAGUGUACAUCUGUGGAGACGGUUACUGAGCUGACAGAGUUCGCCAAAUCUGUGCCGGGCUUCUCUAACCUGGACCUGAACGACCAGGUAACGCUUUUGAAGUACGGCGUCCACGAGGCGCUCUUCGCAAUGCUGGCGUCCUGCAUGAAUAAAGACGGCCUGUUGGUGGCGUACGGUAGCGGCUUCAUCACCAGAGAGUUUCUGAAGAGCUUACGGCGGCCCUUCAGCGACAUGAUGGAGCCCAAGUUUCAGUUUGCCAUGAAGUUCAACUCCCUCGAGCUGGACGAUAGCGAUCUUGCGUUGUUCGUCGCUGCCAUCAUCUGUUGUGGAGAUCGUCCAGGCCUGACGAACGUGCCACACAUUGAACUGAUGCAGGAGAGCAUCGUCAACGUUCUUCAGACACAUCUGAGAAGCAACCAUGCUGAUAAUGUCUUCCUCUUCCCUAAACUCCUGCAGAAACUGGUGGAUCUCCGACAGCUGGUGACCGAGCACGCUCAGUUAGUGCAAGAGAUCAAAAAGACAGAGGACACGGCACUGCAUCCAUUACUGCAGGAGAUUUAUAGAGACAUGUACUGACUCGGGUCUGAUGCUCUCGGACACAACGUUGACCAUUAAUGGUUCCUUCCUCUAGUAGAUUUCAAGAAGAGUCUGGAAAGGACAUAAAGCCUCCAAACUGAGGGGCUUCGGCAUGAACCACUAUUCCCAGGAUUUGCUGGGAUUCUGGGCCUGUCAGAAAAAUGUACAGAAACAUUAUUGUUGGGUUAAAACGAUUGGUUUCUGUGUUUGUUGGUGAGAAAGUUAAGAUAUAAACUAAACUUGACCUGUGGUUUUAAGACUAGAGAUAUUUUUGAAUACUUGGGCCAGAAACUGUGAAUCAAACACUAAUAUGCCCAUCUUCGUACAGCAAUAUUACUUUUGUAUUGAAAUGCAGUAAAUUUUCAGUAUGACCACCCAAGUGACUUCCUCAUAGACCCUCAGUAACUAGUAAAACUGACUGGUUUAUACUCUACAGGGACAUUUAACUUUAGACUUACCGUUGUUACAAGCACAUUAUUUUGUAUCAUGCUAAUAUGAAGCACUUUGAAGCGUUUUAGUAUCUUAAACAGUUUCUGCAAAUUUUCAUAUUGUUUGUCCUGUCCUUCAUGAGCUCUCAUACAGCCCUCGGAUAACGUUCACUGAUUUUUUCGUUCACACCAUAGACGGAUGACGCGUUUCAUAGACUUCCAUUGUAAGAAAAUGAAGCGAAAUAUAUCAAAAAUGGCCGCUGACAUCAUUUAGAGUAAGAAUCCUGGAGUAAAGUCUGUUUUUUUACAUGUAUCCGAAUGUAUGCUCACCGCCAAAUGCACAGCCCUGCAAGGUAUAGUUUAUUUGACUCGUACGUGUACAUUGAUGUUCUAUGCAUGCGCAUUGCGACAAAAUGCAAUGCAUCUCUUGGGCUACAUACUGCAUUCUCCAGUAGGCACAUGCAAAGGUUUCGAAAAUCCGGUGGUGUACUUGCAGUACGUGCGCACUCUUCUGAUAACGAACAUUGCGUCACACGCACUGUAUGCGGACCAGCACAUACAUGUAAAACAUUUACUUACUUUGGUUUAUGCUGCGUUUACACCAACCGCGUUUCAGGAAAUCGUGUCUACCGCUUAAACAGUUUGAAUGCAUUUAGAGCGAAGUAGACGCACGGAAAAAGCAAGCAUUUGAUGGGCGUCAGAGGCAAAAUCCCCUUCUUGUGGGAGGGGCAAGUGCUAUACGGUUGUCUGUUUGCAAGAUGACUGAUGUUGAUUGUGCAUUUAUCGAGAGAGUUACCAGUUUGUAUUUGGUCACCUUACUAUAGGGGGAAAAUAAAGGCGCGGGUUGAUAAACGUCACGUGACUCAAAAGUGAAAUGUGUAUUACAACUUACCAGGUUGCGCGAUGUCCUCACUGACAAUCUUCCGAGCGAGUUCCUUUUUAUUCCAGUCUCUAUAGAAAUAAGAAUUUGUGUCGUAUAGCUCCGCGUGACUGCUUACGGACAAUAUCAAGUGUUCCUUCAGGUUGAAUGAUUGACUCUGGGCGGGGCUGCCGCCACAGCAGCAAGCAGGCUCCUGAUUGGUUAACGUGGCGCAAAAUUCCACCAAAGUUAAAAUUUUUCAAUUCGGGUGUCAGCUGCAAAUUCGCGUCAAACGCAAAAUGCACAAGAAGCACCAUUCACGCGUACCGCGCCAGACGCUCAAUUCACGCGGAAUUGAGGCGGAAUCGCGUCUUCCGCACCACGCCAGACGCCUCAUUCGCGCUGCAAGACCUCCAGACACGAGUCAAUGCGUCUUCACAUUGACUUAACAUUGAAAUCACUUGCGCUUCACGCCUCUACCGCGGCUGGUGUAAGCGCAGCAUUAGAGUCUGCGUGGUAGUGAUCAAGCGGUAUCAAGGCUCCGCCCAUUUUCACAUUUGACUCGUUCACAGAUGCAAAUCAAGUCGUCACACCACUUUUAAUAGCAAUUAACUCUUUCCCCGCCAUUGAUGAGUUAUCUUGUCAAUUAAGAUAAAACAUUUGCAUGAAAAACGUGUUCCUGAUGAAUUUUUAUCCACUAGAUGGCACACAAUUUAUCUAAAUUUUUUUAUUAAUUUUAUUCUGAUCUCUAACAAAAUUCCUUCGAAUUCUUUCAUUAGAUAUAUUUGUAUGUUUUUAUAUUUUAAGAAGAAAAUUUUCCUGGAAGGCAUUUUGUGAAACUUUUGUGAAAAUCAAGUGGGCAACUUUUUAAAAAAAUGCUGGUGGGGAUGAGUUAAUGAGUUACUUUAAAACACAAAGAAAAACAAACAUGUAAAAGUACAUUAACAUGAUAAAAAUGACUAAAAUACUAUUACUGGGCAAAAUAUUUUUGAAGUUUAAGUUUGGCUCAAAUAUAUGACACAAAAAAGCAAAAUGAUUUCUAUUAAGCAUUUUAAUAAGCAUUUCAAACGUUAGUUCUCUAAACCGCCCAGACACAGAAGCUAAUGUUAAAAAGUUAUUGUAUUGGAGUUUUCGGAUGGUUACACAUAAGACGUUGCUAGAUUUAUGCUUGUCACCUGGUUUGAUACGAACAAAAACCAAACAAAUGUAAGCUCUGAUUGUCAGCAGUUAUUUGCGUUCUUACAGAACUUCAGUGUCAUUGAAAAGACAGAAAUACUGAAUUCAGCGUAAUACGUGAGGAUGUGCAUUUCUGAUAUGCACUUACAUUGUAAAAUGUGUUUUUGUUUGUAAGUUGUGUCCUUGCUUCUCUGGGGCUCAGUUUCGAUUGUUAAACAGCUCGGAUAUUGUUAAGGUAUUGUGUGCACUAUGCAAGAUUAUGACUAUGUUGUUUAUUAAAUGUAGUCUUUUUAUACUAAGGCAAAGUUAUCUUUAUGAAUAUAUAUAUAUCAGAUGUUCAAUCCAUUUUUUCCCAGUGCAACAUAAAAACAGAGAAAUCACUGUGUCAAGCCUAAAUUGUCUUAAAUUCCCACAUUAUAAUGAACCGAUACACAAAUCAAAUAAGAAACCGAUGUACACACUGCAAAAAAAAUUGAUUUUCAAGAAAAAAAAUCAUAAUUUUGUCUUGUUUCAGUAAAAAUAUCUAAAUUAAGAUGCUUUUUCUUGAUAAGCAAAACGACUCAAGAAAGUAAGUCUAGUCUUUAGACCAAAAAUAUCAAUUUUUUUGCUUGUUUUAUUUUUUUACUGAAAACAAGACAAAAAUACUAAGAAUUUUUUCCUUGAAAAUCGUUUUUUGCAGUGUAAACUUGUUUAUUAUAUUGCACAAAUAUUAGAGAUGCACGGAUACUAAAUUUCUUUGCCGAUACGAUAAGUAGAGUGAUGUCUGACGAUACCGAUUACCGAUAGUUUGGAAGUUUUACUUGUUGCACUUAAAUUAACACAAUUUUGAAAGAAAUGCAAAUACAACUUUUUCUUAAUUCUUUUUUUCGCUAUCCAUUUUCCAAUAGUGUGAAAAAACGCUUUUACUGGCCGAUUACAGAUUAUUAGCCGAUAUAUCGCUAACAAAUAUAUAAAAAGAGAAUCCUGAUUUGACACUUUAUUUCUUCUAACAUCAGGGAAGGUUUAUAAAUAUUGGUCCUAGAUCAGUGUUGCUACUGUUAGAAACCUUUUUGCAUACAAAUCUGUGUUUGUCUGUGAAGUCGUGCAUUGGCGUAAAAAACAUUUCUGUAGCAGAAAUUCAUGACAAGGCAAUUAAAAGCAGUUUAUUGUAUUGAAUCAAAGCUCUUGUUAUUUCAUGUGGACUUUAACAGGGUCUACGUGAUUUUAUUUUGCCACAAACUGUUACUGAAAAACUGAUGCUUAAACAUCCAAACCUUUAUUCUGACCAAUCCUAUUGUUUCUUUGUAAGCAUCUCCUGUCAGGUUGUUUUAAUAUCAACCCGUAGUCUCAGGUACAAGAGUAAUAUACUCCUGAACAUUUUAUUCGUAUAGAUUUCUAUACAUCUGCCACUGCCAUGUCAAGCCAAAUGGUUUGUAAAUCCAGCGAGGUUCUUAACGGUGCGCUUUCUGACGUGUCUCAACACACUGUCAGGACAUUUUAGAAAUGAGUAAAUGCAGUAAAAGCAUCAUUUUACUAGCUUGGUGUCGUUUUCAUAUCAGUUAAUGUGCUUAUUAUUAAUGCUGACUGAUUUACUUUAUUUCUGUUUAAUGUGUAAAUGUGUUCAUAUCCCUUCAGAAUGUGCUGAAUACUCAUCCUCCAAUCACGGUUAUUAGUACGGCUGUGUGCAGAAUUGAAUGCUAAGCUUACUACAUACUAACUACUGGACAUUAUACAGUAUAUUGUAUACUGCAUUUGUGUGUGUGCAAUGUUAAAUGUGUUACCUUCUUGCAUGUUUAAUUUUAGGGGAUGGGUCAAUGUUUAUUUUAAAUGUUUGUGUAAAAGUCAAGCAAGAAAAGAGAUUUGAGGCUAACAUUACUGGUUUCAUUUUCAUACUGGGAAUCUGAAGGUCAAAUGAGACGCAUUGCAUUGUGGGAUACAUUUUCAUGUGCUGUGUGCGCCCUGGUUGUGUAUUGCACAUCUGUUCUCCCUGCUACAAUGUACGUAAUACAAACAGCAGAAAUAGUGAAGUGUGGCAGUAUGUCUUUCACGUGCCUUAGAUUCAGACGGACUGCAGGUUAUUCAAUGAAGGUGAAUGAUUUAUGGCACAUUUGAAUGUCACUUGUACAAUUAGUAGUUGCAAAACUGGUUGUUUUUUUGUGUAUUAUAAUUAAAAAUUGAUCAAAAUAAGGUUUCAUAUGCCAAUCGAGCAAAUGUGCAUAAAGUAUUACAUUGUUUUCUGUUUAUUAUUCAUUCAUUAAAAUAACAUGCUUUGUUGUUUUCAACUAGAAUGCAUGGCGGUAGAAGGGAUUCGAAUGAUUUUAUAUCAGGGAAUUGUCUCUUGGUCUUCCCGUAGUCCGUAUAGCUCAGGUCAAAGUGAAAUAUUGCUCUGCCUUUCACAGCAUAAUGUCUAAUAAACGAUUUAUACACAGA